ACGGUCACCAAAACGUUUCAUUUGAAAUUCAACGGCUGUUGUGUCUGCAGCAAAACCAGUGUGAAUGCGCGUAUUGGUAAGUAAAUAAUGCUAAACUAAAAUGUAUUGUUUAUAUGGUUGUAAUCACGAAGAGUGGUUAAAAUGAACGGCUGUUUGAAUUUGGUUUUUCCUGCUAUGGCUUUACCAUAGCAGUGUGUGUUAACUAACGUUACCUAGUUAGGUUGGUUGGAUAGUUAACAGUACAGUAGUUAACUUUAGUUAGCUAAGCCAGUUAAUUUGAGUUACACUCCUGCCAACUUGCUAUUGGUUUAUUCACACAACUAAAGCAUGGAUUUCUAGCUACAAUCUUUACAAAGUUGCGGUUUAAUUCUACUUCACUUGGCUUACUAAUGUUAACUGGCCAAUGCUGGUUUAUUUAUAGCUAGCCCUAUGUCAUCCCAUUGAUUGAUUUGUGGUUAACGUUACAUGGUGCUCCCUCUGUUUCAGGUACACAUUUAAGCCAUAUGAAUAAGGAGGUGAGUGGGACUUCGAUAUACACUAACGUUAUCAGUCAAAAGUUGACACACCUACUCAUUCAAGGGUUUUUCUUUAUUUUUUUACUAUUUUUUUUACAUUGUAUAAUAAUAGGUAAUACAUCAAAACUAUGAAAUAACACAUGGAAUCAUGUAGUAACCCAAAAAGUGUUAAACCAAUCAAAAUAUAUGUUAUAUUUGAGAUUCUUCAAAUAGCCACCCUUUGCCUUGAUGACAGCUUUGCACACUCUCUUAUCACUUUGUAACGUUAGAUGAUUUUUCCUUCACUAACCUCUGCAGAACACCUCCCGACUACCAGUCAUGUCUGGUAAAAGAGUCCUCUCCACUAGCAAGCAGCAGUGAGAGUAUAAACUCCUGCUCAGACCAUCAACCUGCUCAGGUGUGUAAAAACCUUUUGCAAAACUAAUACAGACACUGAUGAACAUGUUCAAUUCCUUUAGAAAUGCACCACAAACACAAGUUAGACGUGUUCUUCUGUUUCCAAUAUGUCCUUAAUUGCCAGUAGUAAAUGUGUUUUUCUCCUUUAGAAAAAGAUGAGAAGGAUUGAUUCCGACCCAAAGAUGAGACAUGCAGCAAGUGUGACAGGAACAAAGAGGCCCCUUCCACCCAAGCGAGCUGUUGGUGAGUGUCCUCAAACACUUCAACGACUGGUUGGGCAAUGUCAUCACCUCUUGUUUUUAAUAGUUUUAGCACUGUCUUUCUGUAUUACCAGUAUGUGUAUCUCUUCUCUUAGCAGCCAAACUGAUUCGGCCUACAGGAGCAGCCACUAUAGCUGCUGGUCCCUCUAGAGGUGAGAUGCUGUGUCAUGAGAGAUGUAUAUAUGUGAUAUUAAUAGCUAGCCUUGUAAGUCUGUCUUGUUUGGUAAUAUUUCUUCACAAUGUUGUCUGACUUUUUUACCCCGACUAGGUUUUCAGAAGCCGCCCAUUGCCUCUGUCACUAAAGCAGGUAGGUACCCUAGUCCCUUUUUUUUCACAUGGUCCUUCCUUAAUCACAUUUUCUGUAUAUUGUAUCCAUAAAGAUUAUCUUCCAUAUCUUAAGACAUGAGGGUGUUGAAUGUGUUUCCCUAGCACCAACAGCAGCUGUUGGGGGUUCACGACGGCCUGCAUGGGACCUGAAGGGAAAAGUUACCGACAUGGAGGGCAAGAUUUCUAACUACCAGAGCAAAGUCAAAACGGUGGCCCAGGAGAACGAGAGUCUGAAGGAGUCUGUAGCUAAAAGCAGACAGAAGGAAGCACAGAUGACUUCAGACCUACAAGAACUCCACACACAGCUCAGGUACAGAGUGCCAAGGAACAUGCAUAGGGUUGACCAUUAUGUGAAAAUAGGUGUAGUGUCAUGGGAAAGGGCAUUGUAACCACAGGAAAGAGUGACUUAUUUUGCAUAAGGAACGUCAAAGGAAAUCAUUGAUUUAGCAAAACAAGUGGGCCUAUAGCUGACAUGAUUUCUUGCCUUUCUUGAGUCCUAAACUAGUCAUAACUUUAUGCAUGCAUUUAGCCAGUAGUACUGUAAUAAUAACUUUUGGUCCUUCUGGUGUUUGCCAAUCUUACCCAGUUUUACUGUGUUGCAGCCAGUAUGAGCUGGAGCUGGCUGCCCUGUCUGGUGUCAAAGAGCAGCUGGCCAUUGUGUCCAGUGAGAAGGCCUCCCUGGAGAAGACCUUAUGCAACCUCACCGACGAGCACAAAGUUCUUCUGGGCUUGAGGGAGAGUUUGGAGGCUGAGCUUCACAGUGUGAAGGUAGAACAUGUUCUCCCACAAGUGAAAUGGCAGGCAGGCUUACUCAUUGUGACAACGGAUCACCUUGACUGCUGUGACAUGAGAUGAAUGGUGUAUAGCUGUAUUGAAUGAGGCAGGCUGGUUUUCUAACGUGCCUCUGCUCCUUGGUCAGUAAUAUCUAAGGAAGUCUGGCAUAGCCCUUUGGUCCAGCCUCAUUCAAACCCACUGCCAUUACGGCUCGUCACCAGCCCCCAUUGCAGCCCAAGAUUUUGGUUUUAAGUGCAUCAGUGUCUGACUUAUCUCUUUCUACCAGACCCAGCUCUCUGUGCAGGCCUCCACUCUCUCCCGUUGCCAGACCACCCUGAGGGAGACCCAGGACGUGGUCCGCAACUUGGAGGAGACUGUGGCCCGCCAGACAGAUGAGAUUCACUGUGGAGAGAUGGAACGCAGGGGGCUCCACAACGCAAUCCAAGAGCUCAAGGCAAGGGGGGCCUUUCAGUAGGGGGAAUGCUAAAUUCCCUGAAGAUAUGAUUGUAUUGCAUAAAAUUAAAUUAUCUAGAGCCUAUUGAAUUAGUUUUUUCUUUAUUAUAUUUCUGCUUCAAACAUACUGUAUGUUCUUGUUAGAUAGGCCCCUGUCCAUUGCAGCUCAUGACAGAGGAACAAAAAGUUGCAAUGUUCUUCUCAAACUAAGAAGACUUACCGCUCGCUCUCUUAUUUCUAUAGGGAAACAUCAGAGUUUUCUGCAGAGUGCGCCCCCUGCAGACCGGCGGGCAGAUUGACCAUAUUCAGCUCCUGGCCCACGACAACAAGGCUCUCACACUGGCCAAGACUGAAGAGGUAACAAUCACACACCUGAAGCACAAUCUUGAAAUGGGUCAUUGUUUAGGUAAUUGUAUGUUUUUCAGUGUGGUCCUCUAAUCUUAAGUGUCAAAGAUGGCAAAAAAAUAAUCACUUCCCCAUUCCCACGUAGUCUCACAUAGGGCGCUCCGGAGACACCCAAAAGAGCUACAACUUCAGCUUUGACCGGGUGUUUGGGCCCUCCAUCCCACAGAAGGAUGUGUUUGAGGAGAUCUCCCUCCUGGUGCAGUCAGCCCUGGACGGCUACAACGUCUGCUGCUUCGCUUACGGCCAGACAGGCAGUGGCAAAACCUACACCAUGGAGGGUGGUGAGAUGGAGGACAUGCGUGGGGUCAUACCCCGGGCCGUUCAGCAGAUCUUCCAGGCCUCCAAGAAACUGCGGGAGCAGGGAUGGCAGGUACUGAUGACGCCAUUGGUUUUCAUCAGUAUGAGUGGUAGCUGAACAUUUCUAUUAUAGUGAACAGGGAAUUUGAACUCGUUGAUUUGACAUUUACUGUAUCUAUGUAUUUCUGGUUUUCAGAUCCGAUUAUACUGUAUAUUUCCCAUUUGUUAUUUAAGUGGAAUGAGUUAAAGCUGGUGUAAAUGCAUGGUACUUGCAACAUCAACCUUUUUUUGACUGGAUUUCGGCAAUUUUCCCCCCCAGUUUACAUUUACUGCCAGUUUCGUUGAGAUCUACAACGAAACUCUGCGUGAUCUCCUCUACACUGGCAAGGCCAACAAGAGACCGGAGCAUGAGAUUCGCAAAAGCACCAACAACGAGAUCACUGUCACCAAUCUGACCUACCAGAAGGUCAACUCUGAGGAUGAGGUGGGCAUUUCCACACUCAUUUUAUCCUAAAUUUGACUGUUAGACUUUCAUUUUAUUUGUACAUUUUAGAUUUAAAGGUAGACUCAGCGAUAUGACGUAGAUGCAGAAAGUAAACUGCCUAGUAGGUAAAUUUCCGCAACUAAGAGUGAUGAUGCGCUGUUUUGGUCCCGUGGCUACCACGUCGUAAAAGCGUGAAGCGAACCCGUGCACAUGCACAGAUACUGUGUGAAAGCAAAGUUGUGCAUCUCGCUCAUUGCAAUAUCUGCGGUGCUGCUUGAGGCAACAUCGUUUCGCUGAGUCGACCUUUAAGUAAUUUGGAUGGCACUUAUCCAUAGACAUAGCGAAUUGUGUAGAAUUGAAGUAUAGGUAUGUACAAAUGCAUACCAGUAAAUGCAUAAUAAUUACCUCAAUAGUGCUACAGUAAAGGAAUGAUGCGAAGUAGCCUCUUUUUUUAUUUAUUUUUGUUGCCCAUUUAGGACCUGAAUUGUCCUACAUGUCAAACACAGGGAGGUAGAGCAGUUGUCUGAUAAACCUGUAGUGGUGGUUCAAAUCCCUCUGCAAUAAAGUAUCCCCUAUUCUAUAGGCUAAUCUAAUGGGUCCAUUUUUACCAAUUGUCCAUCCAGGUCUGCAACCUGAUCGCACUGGCCAACCAGAACCGAUCCACAGCCCGGACCAACAUGAACGACCACUCCUCCCGCUCGCACUCGGUGUUCCAGCUUGACAUUGGGGGCGAGAACUCUGGGAGAGAUGUCAAGUGCAAAUGUCUGCGUUUUGUACAUCUGCAACUACACAAAGGCUGAGAUGUUAAAUGAGAACAAAUAAUAAUCCUGUUGUCUGACCUGCAUUCUGGUAUGAGAAUCCUGACUGUUUCUGUGUCUGUCUGCAGCCUCUCUGUGUUUGGUGGACCUGGCUGGCAGCGAGCGGGUGCAGAAGAGCCAAUCCCAAGGGGACCGCUUCAAGGAGAUGACAGCCAUCAACGGCUCGUUGACCAACCUUGGGAUUGUUAUUGCCGCCCUGGCCAAUAAGGUAUAUGUUUGCAGACCAAUGCCUCUAGGCUAGUGGCUUGUUUAUGGCGUUACGGGUGCUUUGUAAGUUAUAGCUUGAUUGCGUUCACUUACCCUCCCACUCUUUGUCUGUAUUCCAGGAGAGCUUUAUCCCGUACAGAAACUCAAAGCUGACUUACCUUCUCCAAAGCUGCCUCGGAGGAAACAGCAAGACGUAAGUUGAAGUUGGGUUAUGAGUUUAAAUGGAAUUUGUGAGCAGAUUAGUCUUGUUAAUGGACUGUUAUUUUAAGCUUGGGGUUGUGAUUAGCGGAUCAAAGUAUGUAACAUUUUGUCUCUGCUCUUCUAGCUUGAUGUUUGUCAACAUUUCCCCAGAGGCAGACAGCUUCCCGGAGACCCUGAACUCUCUGCGUUUUGCCAGCAAGGUCAGUGGCCUCACACUAUUUAAUUUUUUUAACACCACAUACAAUUCACUCAGGAACAUGUUCAUAUGCUGUGCAUAUUUUGUUUAAAUAUCUGAAAUAACAAUGGCAUAUUUUUAACUGUUUAUUUAUUCUGUUGCAGGUGAAUGAUUGUGUUAUUGGCACAGCAUCAGCUAACCGGAAGUAAAUGUGCAUCCUGUAAGGGGAAAUGUAAAUUGACUGUGGUGUCUAUACAUUGAGAUUUUUCAACGUAUGCCUUUUUAUUGGUGGCUUCAUUUUAUAUUAUUCAUUUUUAAUCAAUUGGAUCAAUGUACAACAAUCAAUAAAAGCUCAUUUUUUAAGUUGUUUGUCUUGUACUUCAUCUGAGAGAUGGAUGUUUUCAGUAGUGUAGGGUAAACCCAGUUUACCCACCUUUUUAGUUUGCCCAACAAUUUACCCACCAUUUGCUGAAAUGUUUUUAAGUAUUUUUAAAAAUCAUUUGAGUUAAUAAAGC